GGAGUGAUGCAUCUUGGCUUUUUUCUUUACUCUUUGGUGAGUUUCGAUGUGCGCGUGCGCAGCAGUUGGUUCGCUCAGUACUGCUGAGCGGCUAGCUGCACGCUGUCACGGUCUCACACUCAUGUAGCUGCUUAUCUGUCUGCUGCUCACUGAGAACGAAGCCCCCCCCCGAUGCUUUGAUAUCAUGAAACACCUGGACCAAGAGGAGGAAUCUGGUGUUUAUCAGCGGGCUGUGCUGAAGAACGCCUCUCCGUACCACUACAUGAAGGUCCGCCUUGUCCUGGAGGAUGAGACGAGCAGACUGAGCGCGGUGGAACUGAAGCAGUUCAUCCUCACAGGCCUGAAGACUCUGCAUGGAGAGGUCGGCGCUGCGAUAAACUUCGACUUGUUGAAAUACGAUGAGGACACGCUGACCGCUCUGCUGCGGGUCUACAGCAGCGGCCUGGUGAAGCUGUGGAGCUCUCUGACUCUGCUCGGCUCCUACCAGAACCAGGACUGCGCCUUCAGAGUGCAUCAGGUGUCUCCGUUCCUGCUGGCGCUGACAGGAAACAGUCGUGAUCUGCAGCUGGACUGAAGCGGCGUUUCCCAUCAGAAUGACUCUUCCAUGGAGACGAUUGUUCCUGACGCCCGGCCGCCGCCUCUCCUCCGUCGG